GCGUUUCUUAACAGUUGUCAAGUAUAUAUCAAGUAUAUACUCAAACUGAUAACAACACUCUUAAAAGAUGUCUAAUGCACAUGACAGACAGCGUGUAAAUUUCAGAUUACAAGCAUCCCAGUGGCAAGUGAACCAUUGCAAGUGCUACAAGUUACGAUUAUUCGCGGAACGUGUUCAAUUGUUGGAUCAUUAAGCAAAAUGGAAUUCACGGAUGUUGCAAUAACUUUGGGGAUGCUGUGUAUAAUACUCUAUCUGAUACUUGUACGAAGAUUUCAGUACUGGACCGAGCGUAAUAUACCACAGCUAAAGCCAGAACUGUUAUUCGGUGAUGCGCGAGAAGUGGGCAAAGUUUGUCACAUCGGAGAAAAGAUUCACCAACUUUACAACGAGCUCAAGGGAAAGCACCCAUUUGGUGGAAUAUACCUGUUCACUAAACCAGUUGCCUUGAUCACCGAUCUGGAACUGCUCAAGUGUGUAUUUGUGAAGGAUUUCCAGUACUUUCAUGACCGUGGUACGUACUACAACGAAAAGCAUGACCCAAUGUCAGCUCAUCUAUUCAAUCUGGAGGGACAGAAGUGGAAACAUUUGCGAAACAAAAUCUCCCCAACGUUCACAUCCGGCAAAAUGAAGAUGAUGUUUCCGACGAUCGUGGCAGCUGGGAAACAGUUUAAGAACUAUAUGGAGGACACUAUACAACAGCAAGGGGAACAGGAGCUAAAGGAUGUGCUAGCUCGCUUCACGACGGAUAUUAUCGGGACGUGUGCGUUCGGUAUCGAGUGUAACAGUAUGCGUGAUCCGGAUGCGAAGUUCCGUGUGAUGGGCAGGAAGAUCUUUACACGCACCCGUGGAACCUUACAGCAAUUGCUCAUGAAUGCUUUUCCAAGUGUCGCCAAAAUGGUGGGCAUAAAGUUGAUUGUUCCGGAAGUGUCGGACUUCUUUAUGAAAGUUGUGCGAGAUACGAUCAAGUACAGAGUGGAAAAUAAUGUGCAGCGUAAUGAUUUCAUGGACAUUCUUAUCCGGAUGCGCAGUGAUAAGGAGACAAAGUCGGAUGACGGUACGCUGACGACUAACGAAAUUGCUGCCCAAUCGUUUGUGUUCUUUUUGGCCGGUUUCGAAACAUCUUCCUCACUGAUGACCUUUACGUUGUAUGAGCUGGCGUUGAAUCCGGAAAUACAGGAACAAGCUAGAAACUGUGUUAAAGAAGUCCUUGAUCGAUAUGGGGGAGAGCUAACGUACGAAGCUGCGUUGGAGAUGGACUAUUUGGAUCGAGUGUUGAAAGAGUGUCUUCGAAAGUAUCCACCAGUAUCGGUACAUUUUCGCAUCACGGCAAAGGAUUACCUUGUACCAGGGACCAACUCAAUCUUAGAACGUGGUACCUCCGUCAUGAUUCCCGUGCUAGGCAUUCACCGUGAUGCGGAACACUUCCCCAAUCCAGAACGGUUCGAUCCGGAUCGGUUUACUCCGGAGCAGGAAGCGAAGCGUCAUCCGUACGCCUGGACACCGUUUGGUGAGGGUCCGAGAAUUUGUGUGGGACUACGAUUUGGGAUGAUGCAGGCACGCAUUGGAUUGAUACAUUUGCUCACUAGCUUUCGAUUUGCUUGCUGCUCCAAAACUCCGAUUCCAAUGAAGUUUGACAUUACGAACACUAUUCUCUCGCCGAAGGGUGGCAUGUGGCUAAGGAUGGAGAAGCUGACUAAAGAUUGCGAAUGAUACUAAAGCAUUGUUUAUGAUGUAUAGUGUUUUUAGAAUGGCAGAUCCUUUGUUUCAAUUAGUUUGUUGCGCUUGAUCAAUCUUUAAUGGUGUUGAUAAAGCUUUGACUAUUGUGGAAAAAGCUCGGUUCCGGUGUCGGUGCGAAUAUCCACUACUGUUGCUAACUGUGCAAUACACCUAGAGAAAAGAAGAAAGGAGAAAUCAUCACAAGGUAGUAGAAUACAAUUUAGACAAAUAAACAAUAUAAUUAUCGAUUACCGUAGUUGUAUUAACGAUGGUGCAGUUUUGCAGAUGACUUUGCACUGGUGGGCUGUUAGACAGGAGCAAUACGCCAACGAGAACAGCACACAUUAACAACAACGUUUUGGUCAUUUUGAGCUGCUGUGUAGUUUAAUUUAGCAAACAGUUCUGUAACGAAUGUUACCCCGGCCAAUGAUUAUAUACUCGUUGUACAAUUCGCUUCAAAAUUACACUUUUCCUCACAAAGGGUAGAAUACCAAAGCAGUUCCCAGACAAAUUUGACAUUUACAAUGAUUGCUUAUUGUUAUUGGCUGAGUGGAGUUGUGUUUGGGAAUUCUUUCAUAUCGCGCAAAAACCUUUUCCCCGUAAUAAAACCAUAUCAAAAAGGCAAAAAAGUAGCUGGAAUUUAAACAAUGCAAAAAACAAACGGUUACGUUCAUUGUUGUUGAAAUGUUUCAACGAACGAAAGAUUUGAAUUGAAAUAUUUCGCAGCGGAGAAAAUUUCUACAGGGCUUUCCGUAUUGAAUUUUGCACGACUAAACGAUUAUAGUAU